CGCGCGCGCCCGGCGGGCUUUAGUUGAUGUCGAGAGCGUCGCUCGGCGCGCGCGCGCGAAUCUCUCCUCGCCUGUGGAGUUUUUUCCUUCGAGUGGAGAAGAGCCCGCCCGCUCGCUCGCCCGCUCAUCGCAGCCUGCAACAAGGAUUACCGCGAGCCCCUCGUGCGACCACGCCUCGGCUGCAGCUGCUGCGGCGCACGGGACUACGAAGACGCUAGGGAUGGUGAUGAUGAUGAUGAUGACGACGCCGCCGGCGAUUCGUGCGUUCGUUCUGCUCUUGCUGGUGUUCUUGUCCGGUGCGGUCGGAGUGGCGGUCGCUGCGAGACGUCGCGGCGGCGGCGGCAAGCCGCCCAUCGUAGAAGAGGCCGCGCGGAGGAAGCUGAACAGACAGACACAUUGCCAGUUCGGCAACCUGACGUACGAGCUGGAGGAGCGGUGGCGUCCCGACUUGGGUCCACCUUUCGGCGUGCUCUACUGCGUUCGCUGUGAGUGCACCCCUGUUCACCGGAAGAAGAGGGUUGUGGCUCGAGUCCGGUGCGAGAACAUCAAGAACGACUGCCCCAAGCCGACCUGCGAUGACCCCGUGCUUCUGCCCGAGCGCUGCUGCAAGACCUGUCCGGGAGAAGACUAUGCGGACUUGGAAGAGGGCCUGGCCUUGCGCAAGCUGGAGCUGGAUGAUGAGGACAGGAACUCCAAAGAGUUCAGCGCGCUGCUCACUGGUCGCGGUUCGUAUCCCACGGUGCCUACGACCGUCGCUGCUGUCGGGUACCUGACGUACAUCAAGAAGGACCUCCACAUCGGCGUCUAUCACAACAGUCCCUCUCCCGUCACCAGCAUCCUCAUCACGAACGAAGAGGGCUACAUCGUCCAGGAGCACGAAGUGGCCAACAAGAACACGCUGUCCGCCGACAACAGCACUCAGGUUUGCGCCGUGUGGAACAAGAUACCGAAGGUGUACCGGCGGCUUCUCCAAAAGGAGAAGCUCCACAUGGCUCUGGUAACCAACGGACAUCCCAACGGACUGGUGGCAGGCCGGAUUGUCCAGUCCACUAGGCUCGAGCCAGAGGUGUUCAGCUCGCUCAUGGUUCCCGAUCCAGCGGUGAAGGAGACGCUCGGAGGGGGAGGCGUUGCCGCCAUUUCGCCGUCCAGGACAGACAUCCACGUCACGGUGAUGUUCAACGGAAUAUUCGCCCCGACAGACGCUAGAGACGUGGUGGUCAAGCUGAGUCUCCUAGCUGGCAAGAACAGCGAGUCAGCCGUGGUCGCCAGCUCUGAAAUAACGCUCCCAAAAAUUCACGUUUCUCUGAACACGGCCAGUGUGAAACUGACCCUGCCUCCGGAGCAGCAGCCGUUGAUGGUGGCCGGCAAACUGAGCAUGCGCCUGACGUCACCCGACGGCAGGCGCCACAUCGAAGGCCCCGUUAUCGUCAGACCGACCUGCAACAUCUUUCAAGCUGUGCUGACGGCGGAAACGUCCAACUCCGGCUUCGCAGUGCUCAACGUUAACCAGGAUGGAUCAAUAUCUUACCAGGCGUACGCUUCCGGUAUGAACAGCGCGCCCAUGGUGGUAGUCCUGGAGACGGACAGCCCGGCCGACAAUGAGGUUCGCACCAUGGCUGCCUCGUACAACCCGCCUUUCGCCUACCACUGGACGAACGGCACAUUCACCCGCGGCACUAGCCAGGUGCUGGAGAUGCUGCUGACCGACGACUUGACCUUCAAGGUGCUCUCCGAAGGUCAAAGCGAACUGCGAGGACGAGUUAAGCAGCGUCUCUACUCGGAUGCCUUUCUCAGUGAGGCUCCUGUGCUGCUCAUGUCCGAGGGCAACAGUUCGGCGGCGGGACAGGCAUGGCUCUCGGUGGACAAGUCGUGCCGGCUUCACUAUUCGGUCUUCGUCUCGGGGCUGGAGCCCAGCGAGCGUCACCUACUGGAACUUCUCGAGAUCACGCCUGCCUUCAACGUGAUGCCUAGCGCACGCAGCGUCCAGAGGGUUCUCCAGAGAAUCACCGGAGAUGAGUUGGAAGAUACUCUGGAUGAACCUAGCGCGGCGACUCUGCACCGCCUCAGCGGUGGAUCUUCGUACUUACUGGUCACAUCGAAGUCUGGAAAGUCCAAGCAAGUCGAGCUCAGGGGACACAUCAGAGACAUUCGGAUUCCCGACAACUGCCUUCCCGAGCUCGCCAAGAGCGGAGUCAGCGGCGGGUCCGGAAACACGGCCGUGGCCGGCUACUCGAGCGACGCGGGAGGAGUGGAAAACAAUGAGAUCUACCGCAUCGAGUCCAACCACAAAUGCUACUACGACGGCGAGGUGUUCGACGACGGGGCCCAGUGGACGGCGCGACAUGAGGCAUGUGUCAUGUGCUCCUGCCAGAGAGGCCGUCUGGUAUGUGACCCCGUCGUGUGCCCUGCCGUGCAAUGCCCCAAUGCAGUGACGCUCCCAGGGGAAUGCUGCCCAACGUGCCAAGACGAGUCGGGUGGUCUGAACGCGACUUUCGCGCCUGGCGAGGCCCACUCUCCGCACGGCUGCUUCCUCGAGGGUGACAAGAAGUUCCACCUGGCCGGCUCCAAGUGGCACCCGUACAUCCCGCCCUUCGGCUUCAGCCGGUGCGCCGUUUGCACCUGUCAGCCAACGACGCUAACCGUGGAGUGUCGACGCAUCACAUGUCCACCAUUGAGCUGUUCCGAAAAGGAUGCCUACAGAGAGAAUGCCUUAUCGUGCUGCAAGAAAUGUCCUACAGAUGUGAUUCCUGUGAAAUCUCAAGAUACAAGUGUUCCAGUGCAACUCCAUGAUCAAGGAUCAAAAAAGACACCAAAGGACAUUCUCUCAAGUGGAGGAUGUCAGUUUCAGCUACAAGUAUUUCACAAUGGAGAGGAAUGGCAUCCAACUGUACAGCUUGGUGAAAUGAAGUGCAUUAGAUGCCACUGCAAGGAUGGCAAAUCUCGGUGCAGAAGACAACGGUGUGCCAAGCUCUCAUGCCCAAUAAAGUUUCAGAAAGAAGACGAGUGCUGUCCGCGCUGUGCUGAUAACGGUGAGGGCCGCGCCGGUGACAGACCCCCUCGGAGGACAGGACGCAAGCGCAAGACCCGGGGCGGGACGCCGUGGAACUGAGCCGGCCCACUGUGCCCCGCCAGCACGGAAUGUCCCACCAGACGCAGACGCGCGACACCAGCAAAGCGAACAAACGAGCGAGAUCAAAGACGGCGGUGUGACCCCGGCAGCUGUACAUUCCACCCACCAACUUCCUGGCGAACGGAAGUGCCGGACGCCGCCGAGGGUGACCCCCGUCGCCCCGCCGCCCACGUGACGCACGCUGCCCCUCUUGUCGGCCGCUGGCUUCUGCCCCCAAACGUCGCCGGAACAUUUUGUGCUCCCCCGGCCCAAUCAACGAACGGAUCGACGCAGAUUUGAUACAUAUCCGCCGCAUGGCGUCCUGCUGUUUCUCCCACCCACCAACCCCGGUCACCGGCCACGCCAUGCGUGGUAGGUGGCAGGAAAGCGAGGAGAAUGUGAUCGGAUGAACAAAUGUGGGCGUCGUCAGUCAUAUCCGCGCGCUAGCAGCGCAGGCGGCCUCUGUUCUUGUGGUGCUGCGUGCCGAACUGCGCCUCCCCAACUUGCUUCGAAGGACACGUUUUUUUGACACGGCUGCCUCGCGCUCUCCUCGUCGCCACCAUCCUCUCUCUCUUUUGCCUGUGUUCUUAUGAGACGUUGUUCAGUGCGCGAACGGCGGAACAGGGAGGAGGAGGAGGAUAUCGAGCAGAGUGAAGCACGCGACGAAGAGCGGGGAAGAAUACUCAAACCAGCCGCGAACGUCACUACUCCAGCUUCUCCCGCACUCAUGCAAGCCAAAGCUGCCACCACGAGCUUCGCACGCCUUGUGAAAAAACAAAACAACAACACUGCGACAGCGAUGACGGCACUCUUCUUCUCUGACUCUCUAUCUCAGUGCGACUCUACGACGUCUCUGAGAAGACGUCUCCGUAUAAUAUAGAACACUGUCCGCAUUACUGGGAAAAGGCGCGGUAUGGAAAGUGUUGUGGCGCUUGUGAGGGGACGAGAUCGGACACGUUGCUAAUAGCCCGUGUUUAACAGAUCUUCUCAGUAUUUCUUUUUCAGGCUAUUAUUAUGGAAGACUUAACUCCCUAUCUCUGCAGCUAUUUGUCAAGGAGAGCUGUUUCCGUGAAGCUGUUAUGAAACUGCUUACGCAACGUCAUAUUUAUGCAUUUCGGUUGCGCAGUCUUCUUUAAUCAGAAUCUUUAUCUGCUCUUGCGACAGCUUCACCCGAGGCAUCGCUACUUGCCCACUCUAUUUUUUUUCUCUCGCAGAAAACAUUUCACACGUAAACUACAAUGCGAAAAUCGCAACAGACGAAACACUAGACAAGACUCGGCCGUGUCUGUUUACAUUAUUCGUUUUCUGUGGUUUUCGCGCUGCUCUUCGAAGUAUGAAAUAUUAACAUGCCUAGAAUAACUCACCUAAGCCAAAUAUUCCGUUGCUACUUAAAAGCUCACGCAAAAUAAUUAUUGGCAAUGCUUCCACUUUGUCCUACGAAGAAGCACUUUCGUCACGUUUAGCCCCUUCAUAAUAGUAAUAACGCACCAAAAAAAAAAAAAAUCGAUACUUUUCUCAGUGCGAUCCACUACAUCGGUGCAAACAUAUCACUUCGCCACUGAUUACGGGUUGAAAUAAUUCAGAACUGCUGUUUUAACUGCGCUAUUUGUUGUACAUGCGUGUUCGUCACACACACUUUUUGAGAAAACAACGUCGACGAUGACGCGUUUAGCCUACAUACACGUUAGAAUGACGUUACCACGUGAUCUUUUAAAACGACCAGCCAUAUUGCGCUGUUGUGUACAGGGUGACUGCUUGCAAGAGUUACGCAGCAAAAUUGAAAACAUUGCCCAAGAUGGAAACAUGUGCCAAUACUUACUACGACGGUCCCCAUUUCUUUCUGCUGGUUUCAAAAGGUUCACACUUAUAGCAUCCUUUUGCGAAAAGGCGCGGGCCAUGUGAAUGCAGCAGCGACGGUACAAGCAAUUCGCUUCCUCAUAGGGGCGUUGUUCGAGAGCCUGUUGAAGGCCAUGCCCACUGUUGCUUGGCAUCGAAAGAGAAACGAAAUAGCGGUCAUCAUUAUAUUGGAUAACGUGCAAGACAAACAAAACAUCAUUGUUAGUUUCAACAGCAAAUGUUCUAAACAUUAUCAGACCUGCGCAUUUUAGCAGCAGUAUACGUUAGAGGUAGAUGCUCUCGUCACUAAUAAACAAACCGCGAGAAACGCGUGACCUUUGGCCGAUAAAGUGCUGUACCUUCAAAAUCUUCAGCGUCGAUAUUCUGAACAUGUUUCUAUUAUUUCUGUCAGGUAAACUAGGUAAUAAAAACCAUUAACGUUUCUCAAUACAAUAGACGCGAUCGUAGAACAGUAGAAAGUGCCCACGGAUAUACACAGGAAAAGGCUGCGAAGAGUGUGUCGGUGUUGUUUUCACAGCGGUUUCUGCGCGAGAGCUUGUGCAUGACAGUAAGAAGGGUUUCUGUGAAGUGUUCGGGGUGUCGUGGUCGUCUCGGAGGGGCCCGUCCACUGAUAAAACCAAACAUGCAACGUAUCUUCAACUAUACUACUGAUGCUUUCUUCUUGCUGCUACUCAGCAGGACAUAUCGUGUAUUUACUUUGAAACUUCUCCCGGUGUCUUCGGUAAAGUGCGCACAUCGUUCGCCUGAAUUCGCUGGCCAUCUAUACGGCUGUGUUGUGCUCGGAACUCCUCAACGCCAGCGGUACGCUGGCGAACUGUGAAUCAGGAUAGAUGGAAGAGCACGGACAAACAACUGCUCGCCUCGGCAGCUGAUGUUCGCCCAAGCGCUGACGUUAGUGUGUGUCGUCUCUACUCUGCAGCUCGUAUCUGAGUGACCUGCGGUGUGCGUCAUCACCUGGGUGAACUGGGCAGUGAACGCCAACUGAUGGACAGAAGAGAGCGCAUAAGGGCGCGCGCGAUGACCUAGGAGGAUGCAUGUUGCGUGAACCUGCGAUUGAAAAUGCGCGUGGAUUGUUUUUUUUUUUUUUUUUUUUUGAGGGGCAAGUGAGGGGGGAAGGGGCUAAAAUGCCCGGUACAGUGGACGGCCGGUCUCAGGGAAGGCAGAUAACAAGUGCAUACAAAUGUACGUUGCGGAGCUCACUAUUUGGCGCCAAAAUGGCGUGAUGAGAGUUCCACCGAUUCGUCAAAGGUUUGGCUUUGCUUUUUUAUGUAUUUUUAGCUUCAAUAUAGCAAAUAUUAAGACAUGUUUUCAUGUUAUGCCUUCCACUCUCCAGACGAUUGAGGCAUUCGACAUAGCUAACGAUAUUAAGAUGCACAUCAAACAAGUAACUUAUAUAAUGACUUGUUUAACUGCAGUCUGUUCUGCUGAAAAACAGACUCAAAGGCGAACUGUGCAAAACGAGAUGGAUUGGACCUCUUUCUCGAUUAAUGAGCACGCCCGUAUGGUCUGGCUGCUAUCAUGGAAAUGUCACCGUCAUGGCGGCAUAGUUAUCUUCAUGACAAAAAGAACAAACCAUGGAGCGACAGCGGCGCAUGCACUGCGCGCGUGGCGCCCUCUACAGUGCUAUGAACCUCCGUGGCGCCCUCAAGCGGAACUCUCCAGAAGUGACGUGGUUAGAGCAUCCCAGGUCACCGUAUACUUUGUCCAUUGACCCAUUUCUUUUGUGAUUGCUUGCAUACAAUGAUCGUAACCCAAGCUAGCUGAGCUCGGUAAUAAGCGCAAAAAAACUAAACAAUAAAAAGGCGCUAAUUGUUACAUUUCUUUGAGAUCUUGAAGUUCUUAAUUGUAUUCUGAGCGCGUUUCUAUUUGAUUGUGGUUUUGCCUUCGUUUCAUUUUGCUGCAGCUUCAAGUGCAGCUCUGAUUUUUUUAGAGGAAGCUUUGCAUCGGUCGCCGUUAUUCGGUGUAUUAAACGCAGAACAGGCAAUUCCUGCCACCCGAAAUAUAGGCACGGACAAGAUUUCUUGCAUAUAAAAAAAAAGAAAGGGCAAGAUGAAUUGCUCUUGAAUGCUGGAAUUAAAUUUCAACAUGUUUCUGGCUGGGAUUGACAAAGAUUGUGACCGAUAAAGAAUAGGUAUUAUUCCACCACAUUUUGUCUCUUUAGCAUAACAAAUAGCGGUCAUCAAAGCUGUUUUGUUGAAAGCGGAAGUUACGUCGCUCGUGAAAUUUUCGCGUUCAUAGAGAUAUAGCUUUGGUAUUUUUUUUUUUUUUUUUUUGAAGUUGCGAUGAUUUGAUUGGAAACGAAAAAGGUGCUUCUGUUUCUUUGCAGUUAUAAACUGCCCCAAAUAUGUAUAUAAAGUAGUAUCACUAGGUAUUUCAUGGCUGGUAAGGCAUCUAAUCGAAAUCAACUAUUUCCAAGUUUUGCCAUUUAUUUCCAAAUAAAACAAUUUCGGAUCUCUAUCAAAUGCUCUGCUUGCAUAAAUUUCGAUAAAGAAUAUGUUCUUUUCAACGCAGCUAGUAUAUUUUCUAACGAGUGGAUUGGAGCAACCAGACUGUAAGUCAAUCAAUCGAUAUUUGUCAAUAAAUAGAUACAGCAAAAUUAGAAUUUUGCGCCGUGUAAAGCUUCCUCUCAUCGCGUGUUCUUGUUCGACAGUGACGUGCCUAUUCGCAUUAUGUUUUACCCUCUGUUAUCGUAAUGUGUUCUUUCAAAAACGUCAUGUAGUGCAAACACACGACAGCAAGAUUGAAGCCUGCGCGAGGAUAUCUGACUUCGGAAAUCCAGAACAUAGGCUGCUGCGUCACAGCUUUAGUGGUUUUUUAUCGAUGUUCGAGUCCUUGUUUGUUUUGAGCUGAUUAACGAUAUAAACAUGUAGGGCGCGGGCGCCGCAAGCUCCUCCUUUAUUAUUUAUUAUGUUACUUUCAUUCCCCUCUGGUGAUUAAACUAAGUGCGCCUUGUGAGUUUAUUACGUGUUAUCACUCUUUAACUUUUAUUGUUUCUUUGUCUGUGAGAAAACGUUCAUUAGAUUCAGCUCAGAAAGCCCUGCGAAUUGUUGGAGAAAUUGCAGAACAAGCAAUUAACAGGCGAACAUUUUUGCGAUGUUGUGGAGGAACUGAGCGGUGAAUAAGUUUCUUUCACUCGUUUUAUUGGCCGAGCGAAAGUAGUUUAUGCCGCGGAGAAUAAUCGUAAUAAUCGAAUAAUAAGAGAGAGAAGAGGCUUUGUUCGUAGCUUGAAAAUAUCUAUCGCUUCUCGGCAUCGUCAUAUUUAAGGGCUUCGCCAUUUCUUUAAACACCAAAUAAAGUAUGCGAGUGAGCUGCUUAGGGUCCGGAAAUUUAGCUUGCAUUCUUGUCUGGAUUCAGUUCAAAAGUUAUGAAAAUAAGUUUACCUCACCCCAAAUUUGCUCAGGGUAAUGAUGGAUGCGUAGAGGCACAUUUAUUGGUCGUUAAUAGCUCAUAAGUUGUCUCAUAUCAAGUUGCAAUGUUUUAUUUUUGUGCAUUUACAUGUAUUUUUCCCUUACAUGCAGCUUCAUUCGACAUAACCAUCAUCACCUCUAAUAGGUUACUUAAGAUGCGCAGCAAGCCCUCAUCGUCUAAGGCUUGAGCUUACGCAAUUGGUGGUUCUUCACCUUUCAAAUUCUGGACCUAAGAUGUAUAAACUAAGCGAGCAGUGUAUUUUACUAAAAAUUGUCGCAAUCCCUGUAAAGGAUCAGCAAACGAAAGGCAUCCGCUGCUUUGUGGUUUGCAAAUGUAAACGAUCCUGCCAAAGGAAAAUGUUGGGCGAAUUCGUUGCCGUAAGCGUGCCGACGUUGUAAAAUCAUCGAUAAUUUACUUCUUUUUCUAUUUUUGCUUCAGCAGGGCAACGUCACAGGUGAUAAACCGUAGGAUUGUCUUGAAGAUCAUCACAGAUUUUUCGCAUCCCAUCUGAAGCGAAAUAUUGUCUAGUUUCAGAACACCGGCGUGGUGUUGGAUCCUUAGCUAUAGCGUCGCCAUGUUUAGUUCUACGGCACAUAUUUCGGCAAACGCCAUAGGCUUAACCUGGCCUAUAGGCUUAUAGGCUUAACCUGGCCCAUAGGCUUAACCAAAGCAAAAUGUGUUACGAAGUAUGGCUAGCACGCGUUGAUGAACAGGAGCGCGUCGCAUAUAAAGUGAUCUUGCCAAUGUAUUCAUCUACAGGAACUUUAUUUUUUUUUCUCCGAGCUUAUAGUGGCCUCAGACUGUGCUUCGAACACUGCUUUCGAGCGUGGCGCGCCUUAUUUAUGUAAAAUGUGAUGAAAGUUCUGUUAUUGAAUGUGCCUCUUUUUGUAUGUGUGCCAGAGAAUGUGAACUGUAUUGUUUCGCCAUUAUUGAAUGCCCAUCUUGUAGAAUUUUCGCAAACUGCUUGACUCAUCAUAUUUUGUUUGUCUUUUUAUUGGAGCCGCUUUUAGAGAGUGGGUGCGUACCCGCGAUUCCCCAUAUGACAUGUUUGUAGCGUGAAAACGUGAGAAAAAAAAGAGAUACAUAUGAGCGAGGACGAAGAUAACUAAAAUAUUAUGGAGAAUAAAAUAAAGUAACUAUUGUUUGUC